GUCGUGGAAGUUGCGCUCUCUCUUGGUGUGUCACGACCAGGGCAGCUGGGCUUAAACUGUUAGGGCCCUGUUAUCACUACACAGAAGAGAAGCGAGAAUCAACAAGAUAGAGUGUAUUAGAUCAGUGCGUGUGGAAAUUCUCGAAUCUCCCUACAGCCAACAGUAUCUAAGAUAGACUAGGGAAAUUGGUACAGCUAUGUCUUUGGAGGAAUCACGGAGAUCACAACGUCCGUAUCGAUACGGGAUGGUCUUGUUGUGCGUCGGAGCUCUCAUCAACUGGUUGGGUUUAGCAGAGAAUUAUGUUGAACCAGUGCGUUACGUCGGUGUCGCCUGCAUAGUUGCUGGAGCUUUACUCAUUUGCGCCGCAAUGUGCUGUUGGCUACACGCACCGCCAACUAGGACGAGCACGCAUACGCAACAUACGAACCAUCCGAUUACGGCACAGAUCGAUGACCCGAUCCACGUGAUUUCCAUCGAGGAACCGCCUGGCGUGUCGAGGCAGAAACCACCGGAUUACGAAGCGGUGACGGAUGCACCACCGAGCUACGAUGAUGCUAUCAAGCUAAAUCCUAGUCAAUUAAUCAGGUUGAGCAAUGGCAGCACGCCUCCAUUAUCCUCAGGACAAAUUAUUCCGACGACUAUCAGUAUCGUCUCACCAACGCUAACACCGCCACCACCAUACGCGAGGUGAGAUUAGAGUGUUGAAAAUAGAGACCAAUGAAUACGCAGAUUUUACGAAUGGAGAAUCGACAUACACCGUUGUCAAUUGCGAAGAGCGAUCAUGUCUGUGGACUGCGAAAUAAUACGAUCAUACGACAAUUGUUUGCUCUUGUCGUUAUGAGAUGCAUAAUGUAUACGUAUAGCAAGAUGUGCAAGAUGUGAAGGAGAAAAAGUUGAACAAUUCAAAAAACGCUCAAUGUUUCCACGAUCAAGAAUUAAGAGAAGAUCUCUUCAUGAUGCCUCAGAUAUAUUUAUCAAUUGCUUAGAUUAUUAUCUAUUAAAUACUGCGAAUCCUGAUAACACUGAUAUCGUUCAGUGCUUAGAAUGAUUAAUUCUUCCUUUGUAACUACGUUACUGUAUUUUUUAUUAUAAUUCAGAAAAAAAACAAAGAAUCGUUGAACAGACUUCGUUAAUUAUGGCAAUAUCCGAGUUUAUUCAACGCGGCCUAAGACUUGCGGUUACUUUCAAAUUAUAUCACGAAUCCAAACUUCGCUUUAUUAUUUCUCGAAAGUCAAAUGGAUCUCUCAUGGAAUCUCGCGCUCAUCUUAAAAAAUUAAGAAUAUGCAAAGGUGAUACGUAACGACGUACUGACACACAGUGCACAAUUGCAAACAUAGUCUAUACGUAUCGUACUUCUUUCAACGUAAUCCAAUAAUCGCGUCUCAAUGAGAAUCUAUCUGCGAUGAAUUAUGUCAUAGCGACCGCGAUUUCUAUCAACUGCGCUAUUGCUCGGCCGUUCUGUAACCGCGAGAAUGAAGUAACGACUUUUGACAGUCAGAUGUUUCGUUCAGCUUGCGGUCGACUGUUCAUUUAAUUUAACGAUUCCAGUCGCGCCUGAUUGACGCCGAUCUGCAGAAACGGUGGUCUCUUAAAGUCAAUUGACGGAGCAAACACAUGUUUUCUAGAAUAUGUAUUUUUAAUUCAUCCC